GUGUAGAAUGUCGGUGCUCGGCAGGUGGAGAGAUCUGAGCUAAUUAAUCACCAUGUCGAUCCCUGCACGACGAGGUGACACCAUGGCUUCUAGCCUUCUACCCCAUCUUGUUCGGUCUAAUUAUCGGCAAACGGCAAUAACACAUAAGUAGCGCUGGGUCUUCACCCCUGAACGACUUCCGAGACCAAUUAAUUUGUGCGACUGCAACAUCAUGAAGGCCUUUACGCAGGUGCUCAUAGGCAGCGCGCUUCUUGGCGGCUCUGUCAAUGCUAAAAGAUUGAAUCGGUACAAUGCUAAUUCAUCGUUCGAUGUAUUGGAUUAUGUAGACCCGCUGAUAGGGACGUCCAAUGGAGGACAUGUAUUCGCCGGGGCUUCGCUGCCUUUUGGUGAGUACCGAAUACUGUCAUUUUUAUAAAUGCUUACUGUCCUAGGCAUGGCCAAAGCAGUCGCGGACUCGAAUAAUGACAAUCAAGGUGGCUUCGCUACUGAUAGCAGCGGCAUAACUGGCUUCUCCCACAUGCACGAUUCCGGGACUGGUGGUGCAUCUUCACUCGGAAACUUCCCAUUAUUUGCCAACCCAGGCUGUCCAGGCGACGACAUCAAUCAGUGCGUGUACCGGUUCCAGAACAGGUCGGUGAGCUUCAGCAACCAGACGCUUGUCGCCCAGCCAGGGUACUUCAGCAUUGAUCUUGCUACUGGAAUCAAGGGUGAAGCUACCGUGACAAACCACACGGCGCUGUACAGAUUUACCUUUCCUAAAGACGCGACUACUGCGCCUAUGGUCUUUGCCGAUUUGAUUGAUCUGCCACAGUCCAGAACCAACGGCACGGCUUCGGUUGACCCCGAUUCUGGCCGUAUUUCCGGUUCCGGCACGUUCAGCCCUAGUUUCGGUAUCGGCAGUUAUGAUCUUCACUUCUGUGCUGAUUUUUCAGGCGCUGAUAUCUACGAUACUGGUGUAUUCGUCAAUGACCGUGCUGGGAAUGAGCCCAAGACUGUACACACUCUGAACGACGGGGUGAAUGACAACGAAUCUCUCUCAGCUGGCGCUUUUGUCCGUUUCAAGGCCGGCACGAGCUCCGUUAUUGCUCGCGUCGGGUUGAGUUUUAUUAGUGUGGACCAGGCCUGUUCCAAUGCCGAGAGGGAGAUUGCGAAAUUCGACUUUGACUCCACCAAGAAAGCCGCUCAGGAUGUGUGGAGGAAAAAGCUGAGUGUUAUCAGUAUUGAUUCCACCGGCGUAUCAGCCGAUGUGCAAAAAGUAUUUUGGAGCGGUGCUUACAGAGCUAUGCUCAGUCCACAAGAUUAUACGGGAGAAAACCCUCUCUGGAAUAGCACUGAGCCGUACUAUGACAGCUACUACUGUAUCUGGGAUUCAUACCGCAGCAUCCACCAAUUGCUGACCAUCGUCGACCCCGUUUCUCAAUCCCUCAUGAUUCGCAGUCUGAUUGAUAUCUACCGACAUGAAGGAUACCUACCUGACUGCCGCAUGUCUCUGUGCAAAGGCUACACGCAAGGCGGCUCCAACGCCGACGUGCUCAUCGCCGAAGCCUAUCUCAAGAACGUAACCGACAUCGACUGGAAAACUGCAUAUGAAGCCGUCGUCAAAGACGCCGAAGUCCAGCCUGCCAACUGGGCUGUCGAAGGUCGCGGAGGCCUGACCAGCUGGAAGUCCCUUGGGUAUAUCCCCACCGACGACUUUGAUCCGUACGGCCAGGGCCUAUUAACACGCAGCGUCUCGCGCACUGUCGAAUACGCCUACAACGACUACUGUAUCGCCUCUCUCGCCAAGGCCCUCGGCCACUCGAACGAUUACCACAAGUAUAUCAAGCGCGCGACAAACUGGCAGAACAUGUUCGACGCCAACACCACCUCUCUCGGAUAUACAGGCUUCCUGCAGAUCAAGUACGCAAAUGGAACAUGGGGGUAUCAAGACCCACAGCUGUGCACACCUUUGCUCGGCUUCCCAGACUGCUAUCUCAACCCCGGCGGCCACGAGACGUACGAGGGCAGUCUGUGGCUGUACACUUUCUAUGUUCCACAGGAUAUGGCGUCGCUAGUCACCACACUCGGCGGACGAGACAAGUUCGUAGAUCGAUUGACGUAUUUCCAUAAUUCGGGACUGCUCUAUGUCGGCGAUGAACAGGCGUUUCUGACGGUCUACCUAUUUCACUAUGCGGGACGGCCAGGUCUUUCUGCCAAGCAAGCACAUACGUACAUUCCAUCUCAGUUUAAUACUUCUGUCUCCGGCAUCCCAGGGAAUGAUGAUAGCGGGGCGAUGGGUUCGUUCUCGACGCUGAGUAUGAUGGGCCUGUGGCCGAUUCACGGACAGGAUGUGUAUCUGAUCAACCCGCCGUUCUUUAAAGAGGUGAAUGUCACGCAUGGGGUUACUGGUAACGUGGCGACGAUUCGGAAUGUUAAUUUCGAUCCGACCUACGAGAGUAUAUAUAUACAGAAUGUGACAAGGAAUGGAAAGACGUGGACGAAGAAUUGGAUAGAACAUGAUUUCUUUGAGAAGGGUGGUGUUCUGGAGAUUACCACGGGCGGGGCGGAGAGCAGCUGGGGGACUGCUGCCGAGGAUCUGCCACCCAGUCUGGCGUCGUAUACUUUCUAAAAUAAAUACAUCUAUGUAUGUAAUGUGAACUGCGUCAAAAUCUGGUUCUGGUUCUUGUGUUAUGAGGUAAAUCGAUGAACAGAUCAGGUGUAAUAAAGCCCAUCCAGCCAAUACUAU